AUGUCUGACUUGCAGGAAUUCCACGUCAUCAGAAUCGCCCACAGCGAUGGCCAGGACACAGGCCCGGGCUACUGGCCGGUAGAUGCAGCAAAGACGGCGAAGAAGCCCGGCGCGGCCAUCGCAGACAAGACUCCCAGGACGAAACCGCAAAUGGCCAGACUGGAAGAGGAUGACCCGAGAUUUGUCGAGUGGCGGGUCAAGUUGGGCUUGCUCCUCAAGCAAGAGCUAUCACUCAGCCCCCAAGAGGGUCUACCUUGGUACAUUCACUUCCCCCGAGGAUACUGGCUCUACGAAAAGUCCAAGCACCUCUGGGUGUCCGGCUACCCUAUCAAGUCCAAGCUUUUCAAGAGCCCCCAGGAGUUUGGCGUGCAUCUGCUGUGGCUCCUCUCCGGCUCCAAGGACCAUAACGACUGUUGCUGCGUGCACUGCAUCGCACCGAGGGUCGCCAACAUGGGUGACGAGCUCAGUGUCCAGGAGCCUGCUGCGGCGGUGGCCAGCACAAUACCGCCGCCGGCACCAGUAUCAGCACCUUUGGCUGGCGAAGCAGUCCAGAAGAGUAUCGCCAACGUCAAGGCCCCGAGCGCAACACCCACGCCGACGGCCACACCACCUUUGCGACCGGUCCAGCCGUCCCCCGUGGCCACAUCUGCACAGUCAUUGACGCCCAUUCAAACCCCUGUGCCGGUGCCGGUCCAUGUCCCGGCACAUGUUCCGGCACCUGUGCAGGCACCAGCACCGGCGCCAGCCCCGGUGCCUCAACCUCCGCCGACCGUAUCCCUCAAGACGGAGUCACCGGUGCCAGUUCCGAUCGUACCCACGGUCAACACGCUGGUUCCCUUCAACCAAAACAUGUCCUCCCUCUUCUUCCGCACAGGGGAGAUGGUCUGGUACUCGGUGACCCCGAGUUGGCGUAUCGGCCUCAUCGCAAAGGCGACCUCUACGCGCCGCUAUCGACCGACGCCCCGGGGCCCCCCAUCCGCGUCCGCUGUCACCCCAUCCUCCGACAUGCCGGAGACGAAGCUGCCGCGUGCCCUCCGCGAGGAGAUGCUCUUCCGCGCCAAGGCCGCCCCGGCGUCCCGCUGGCGUCUGCACCUCCUCCGCCGCGACGUCGUCCUCCGCGAGCCCGACGUCCGCGGCCGCUUCUAUCCGUCCGCCCGCCUGCUCCCCGUCCUCAUGUCCCACGACACGGCCGGCCUGCAGCGCGAGCUCCAGCAGGGCGUCGUCCGCGACUCGGCCCGCUUCCUCAACCAGAGGAUGGACACGUUCCGCGAGGGCUACAUCGGCCGCAAGCGCAGCCGUCUCGACGCUAUCGGCGCCGCCGUGCCCCACGGCGCCGGCGCCCUGUUCACCUUUGAGCCCGUCGUCGUUGAGGAGCCCGCCGCGGCCGAGGGCAUGCUCCUCUCGUGA